GUAUAUUUGGUUAUGGUGUAGUCGUUGCUUAACGCGAUUAAGAUAUUAGUGCUAUUCUACGCCAGUUCAGAGAAACUCAAUGCUUCUUGCUAUUACUUUUUUACUAUGUACCUAACCUGCCUACCUACUUAAGGUAGGCACUCCGAGGAAGACAAGGUUCCAACCCGGGGAGUUCAUGCACAAGUUAAUUGGGCGGCGCGUCAUGGCGGUCCGCAUGAACGGCCCCCCUUUCCCCGGGAUCCCACGUCGUAGGUACUAUGUAGUUGCGAUGGACCCUCAGUUGGAGAUACCUUGAUACUCUCGGAGGCACAUCUCCCGGAGGAAAUGCUAUUCUGAACAGAUGUGCAGAUUGUGUCAGGCGUGGUGGUAUCUCAGUGUUUCUUUUGAAUGUGUAUUUACAGCUACCUAGGUAGUUUCUCAAUUGCCAAUCUGACUGCUAGAUAGUUGGGGCUUGAGUGUUAUACGUCUAUACUCGUGGCCUUGCCUUAUGAAAAUUAAGAACAAUUCUAUUGCUCUAUACUACCUAAGGUCCACCAAGAGAGAACCCUGAGAUGGGCCACCCGCCGCAAGGCAGCAAUGGGCGCGAUAACGAUGCGAACAAGCCGGCGAGCUCUCGUCUCCCCUUCUCGCCUGCAACAAAUCGUCCUCCUUUCCGUGCUCUUCCUGGCGCUCUACUGCUUCCUCCUAGUCCCGGACCAUAGCCUCGACUCCUCGCGCCCGGCUAUGGCAGAUACUUAUUAUACCUUUCCUAACCCACACUCGAGCUCGUCGUCGUUGUCUUCCUCCUCGAACUUGAAAGAUGGACUACUACCCCCAUCCCUCCUCAACAACCUCCACCUCACAACCUCCCAAUGCGAAUUUUCUUUCCCCGGGCUUACCCGCGAAAUCGCCGCCGCCGUCUCCAAAGGCCCCUUCACCCUCCGGCGCAACCCGCACGGCCUCGGCCCCACCAUCCUGCGCAUCCGCGACGGGCACUUGUACAUCCUGUCCCGCGCGCGCACGGUCGACCUCUCCGAAGCCAUGCUGCAGCACCGCUCCGCGACCCUGCACCAGAUCGCCAACGCGCUUCUCACCGCCCCCCGCCUCUCCUCUCCCGAGCAAGUCCCGGACACCAUCCUAGCCUUCAACCACGAAGACGACCCGGCCUCCCCUUCCCUCUCGUACUCCCGCCCCGCGGACCCCUCCUUCGACGGCCCGGACAAGCACUUCUUCCCCGUCCCGCACUUCAGCUUCUUCGCGUGGCCGGUGCCGCAGGUGCGCUCGUUCGCGCGCGCCGCGGCCGCCGCGUCGGCCGUGGAAUCGCGGUUCCCCGCGUGGAGCGACAAGGACCCGCGUGCGGUGUGGCGCGGCACGACGUGGUUCAACAGCGCGCGGGGCGGGGGCCGGCUGCGGCACGACCUGGUGCGGGCCGCGCGGGGCCGGCCGUGGGCGGACGUCCAGCCGCUGGCGGCGAACGGGAGCAACGCGCUGAUGAUCGAGGACUUCUGCCGGUACCGGUACGUGAUUCACACCGAGGGCGUCACGUACAGCGGCCGCUUCCAGUUCCACCAGCUGUGCGCGAGCGUCGUCGUGGCCCCGCCCCUCGCUUGGAUCCAGCAUCUCACGCACCUCGUGCGUCCCGUGUUUAGUUACCAACUCGAGGGCGUGGAGCGCGUUGACCCUAAUAACGAUGACCGUGGUGGUGGUGGUGGUGGUGGUGAUAGUGGUAGUGGAAAAUUGCUGCCGUACCCCGCGGCUUGGAUCAAGGCUGCUUGGCCCAAGGAGUACGAUCCGAGCGAGGCUAAUAUCGUAUUUGUGGCGCCGGACUGGAGCGAUCUGGAAUCGACGAUUGCGUGGCUCGAGCGACAUCCUAAGAUUGCCGAGGGCAUUGCGCAGAGACAGCGCGAACUGUUCCAUGGCGGGGGAUACUUCAGCCCCGCGGCGGAGAUGUGUUAUUGGCGUGCUCUGCUUCGGGGCUGGAGUAAGGUAGUCAGAACGGAAGGACAGGGCUUCGAAGAUCUAGAAGAGAUACCGUGGGAGGAGUUUAGCUUAAAGGAAAUUCAUAAGUAACUAUCUUGACGGAUAAUAAAAGAAAGCUCUCGAGAAAAGAAAUAGGGGCACAGUGGUUGGGAUAUAUACUCUC